UCCAUCCACCUAAAACAAGAAGAGGGUUACCAUUAAAGCUUCAACAAGGGCCGCAACACUUGGUCACAGCUGUAAAAAUGCUCCUAAAAAGUGGAUUUCUUGUGUUCUUUGUCCUGGCUGUGUCUGCCUUUGAAACAGACAAGCAUGAACCUGAACUGAGACGAACUCGUUUCUCAGCCAGCAGUCCAUCUGAAGUGGCCCGCUGUCUGAGCAGUGCUCUGCAAGUGGGCUGUAGUGCAUUUGCCUGCUUGGAAAAUUCUACCUGUGAUACUGAUGGUAUGCAUGACAUCUGCAACGUCUUUAUCAAUACAGCAACAGUUUUCAACACAGAGGGCAAGACCUUCGUCAAGGAGAGCAUUAAGUGCAUUACCAAAGGCAUCACCUCCAAGGUUUAUCAGACCAUCCGUCGCUGUGCCACCUUCCAAAAAAUGAUUACUGAGGUGCAAGAGGAAUGCUACAGCAAGCUGGGCAUCUGUGGAAUGGCCCGCUCCAACCCUGAUGCUAUUGGAGAAGUUGUCCAGGUGCCCAGACAUUUUCCAAACAGGUACUACAGUACCCUGCUGCAGAGCUUGAUGAAGUGUGAGGAGGAAAUAGUGGGGGUAGUUCGGUCAGGGUUGGUGGCAAGACUGGGCCCUGACAUGGACACCCUUUUCCAGCUGCUGCAAAAGAACCUAUGCCCCAUGGAUUUUGGUACUGGCCACGCUGGGACAGAUAGCCAGGAGAGUUUUCGCUGGCCCCUGGGACCUCCCAUGUUCAAGAUCCAACCCAGUAUGCGCAACAGAGAUCCAAAUCAUCUCUUUGCCAAGAAACGUUCAGUUGAAGAUAGAACACCGAUCCAAUAAGAUGCUGAAAAUGUUAACACAUUCAUGUAACCACAAAGUCAAUGCAUUUGGUGAUAUUCUGUGAUAUAUUUUGUGAUGUUUUAUGGCAUUACUUCAUAUAUUGAUUGUUCAUUAUGCUUUUAAAUUAAACUAAAAGUUUAGCUGUGAAAAUGUGUUAAUAUAUGAUAGCUCAUAGUUGAAUAAAGAGUCUGUAUUUUCAUUGACACUGGAUAUUGAUAUGGAUUGAACAUCCAUUGUCUAACUAAGGACUUAGUACUGUUUGUUUGUUUUUUUUUUUGUUAAUUGAAAUUGAAGUCAGAGGUAGCUUAUUCCUUAUGCUGGUCAUAGGAAAUAUAAUGGCAUUGUUAACACAGGCUGUUGAUUUACGUACAUUAAUAAAUAUUUAAAUGGUUA